GGUGGGGGAUCCAAGAUGGCGCCGUGCGGACGUGUCCGGAGCCGCUGCCCGGGCCCCGCGCUCCUCCUGCUGCUGGCGCUGGCGGCGCGGCCGGCGCUCGCCGUGCCUCCCGCUGCCGGCCUGCAGGCCGGACCCGGCUUGAACGCGGCGGGGCAGCCCGCGCAGGGAGCGGCUCCCGGUGCCGCGGGCCCGCGGGGAGCCCGAGGCGGCGGAGGCGGCUCCGGCGGCGGGUGGAAGCUGUCGGAAGAGGCGGUGUGCCGCGAGGACGUGGUGCGGCUGUGCUCCAAACACAGCUGGGCCAACAACCUGGCCGUGCUCGAGUGCCUGCAGGACGUCCGCGAGCCAGACAAUGAAAUCUCUUCAGACUGCAACCACCUCCUGUGGAACUACAAGCUGAACCUGACUACAGAUCCCAAGUUCGAGUCCGUGGCCAGAGAAGUCUGCAAGUCCACCAUUGCAGAGAUCAAGGAGUGUGCAGAUGAACCGGUCGGCAAAGGCUUCUUGGUGUCAUGUUUGGUGGAUCACAGAGGCAACAUCACGGAGUACCAGUGCCAUCAGUACAUCACAAAGAUGACAGCCAUUAUCUUCAGUGAUUACCGGCUGAUCUGUGGCUUCAUGGACGACUGCAAGGCUGACAUCAACCUCCUGAAAUGUGGCAGCAUUCGGCCUGGGGAGAAGGACGCCCACUCCCAAGGAGAGGUGGUGGCAUGCCUGGAAAAAGGCCUGGUUAAAGAGGCAGAGGAGAACGAUCCUCGUGUCCAGGUUUCUGAUCAGUGUAAGAAGGCCAUCCUUCGCGUAGCGGAGCUCUCUUCAGAUGAUUUCCACUUGGAUCGCCACCUCUACUUCGCUUGCCGAGACGACAGGGAGCGAUUCUGUGAGAAUACUCAGGCUGGGGAAGGCCGAGUUUACAAGUGCCUCUUUAAUCACAAGUUUGAAGAAUCAAUGAGUGAGAAGUGCCGUGACGCGCUGACGACGCGCCAGAAGCUGAUUGCCCAGGACUACAAAGUCAGCUACUCGCUGGCCAAGUCCUGUAAGAGCGACCUGAAGAAAUACCGCUGCAACGUGGAGAACCUGCCCCGCUCCCGGGAAGCCAGGCUCUCCUACCUGCUGAUGUGCCUGGAGUCUGCUGUGCACAGAGGUCGGCAGGUGAGCAGCGAGUGCCAGGGAGAGAUGCUGGACUACCGACGCAUGCUCAUGGAAGACUUCUCCCUGAGCCCAGAAAUCAUCCUGAGCUGCCGUGGGGAGAUUGAGCACCACUGCUCCGGUCUGCACCGCAAGGGCCGCACGCUGCACUGCCUGAUGAAAGUCGUGCGUGGAGAGAAGGGCAACGUGGGGCCCAACUGCCAGCAGGCGCUCCAAACACUGAUCCAAGAGACGGACCCUGGUGCCGAUUAUCGCAUUGACAGAGCCCUGAAUGAGGCCUGUGAAUCCGUCAUACAGACUGCCUGCAAGCACAUACGGUCUGGGGAUCCCAUGAUUCUGUCCUGCCUGAUGGAGCACCUGUAUACAGAGAAGAUGGUGGAGGACUGUGAGCAUCGGCUCCUGGAGCUCCAGUAUUUCAUCUCUCGUGACUGGAAGUUGGAUGUGGUCCUGUACCGAAAGUGCCAGGGCGACGCCUCCCGCCUCUGCCAUACCCAUGGCUGGAAUGAGACCAGUGAGCUGAUGCCCCCUGGGGCUGUGUUCUCCUGUUUGUACAGGCAUGCCUACCGCACAGAGGAGCAGGGACGGAGGCUGUCACGGGAGUGCAGAGCAGAGGUGCAGCGGAUCCUCCACCAGCGUGCCAUGGACGUGAAGCUGGACCCGGCCCUGCAGGACAAGUGCAUGAUCGACCUGGGGAAGUGGUGCAGUGAGAAAACAGAGACGGGGCAGGAGCUGGAAUGUCUCCAGGACCAUCUUGAUGACUUGGUGUCUGAUUGCAGAGACAUAGUGGGAAACUUGACUGAGCUGGAGUCUGAGGACAUUCAAAUUGAAGCCUUGCUGAUGAGAGCAUGCGAGCCCAUUAUCCAGACCUUCUGUCACGAGGUUGCAGAUAACCAGAUUGAUUCUGGCGACCUGAUGGAGUGUUUAAUACAGAACAAACACCAGAAGGAAAUGAACGAGAAAUGUGCAAUCGGAGUUACUCAUUUCCAGCUGGUUCAAAUGAAAGACUUCAGGUUCUCCUACAAGUUCAAAAUGGCCUGCAAGGAGGAUGUGCUGAAACUUUGCCCCAACAUCAAAAAAAAGGUGGAUGUAGUGAUCUGUCUGAGCACAACGGUGCGCAAUGACACUCUGCAGGACGCCAAGGAGCACAGGGUGUCUCUGAAGUGCCGCAAGCAGCUGCGUGUGGAGGAGCUAGAAAUGACGGAGGACAUCAGACUUGAACCAGAGCUCUAUGAGGCUUGUAAAAGUGACAUCAAGAAUUACUGCCAGAACGUUCCCUAUGGCAAUGCUCAGAUCAUAGAAUGCCUGAAAGAAAUCAAGAAGCAGCUGAGUACCCGGUGCCACCAGAAGGUGUUCAAGCUGCAGGAGACAGAGAUGAUGGAUCCAGAGCUGGACUACACACUGAUGAGGGUCUGCAAGCAGAUGAUCAAGCGUUUUUGUCCAGAAGCAGACUCAAAAAACAUGUUGCAGUGUUUGAAACAAAACAAGAACAGUGAAGUGAUGGAUCCGAAGUGCAAGCAAAUGAUAACCAAGCGCCAGAUCACACAGAACACAGAUUACCGCCUAAACCCGGUGCUGAGGAAGGCCUGCAAAGCAGACAUACCGAAAUUCUGCCAGAAUAUCCUGAAUAGAGCCAAGGAUGACACAGAGUUAGAGGGGCAAGUCAUCUCCUGCCUGAAGCUGAAGUACGCAGACCAGCGUCUCUCUCCAGACUGCGAGGACCAAAUUCGAGUGAUAAUCCAGGAAUCAGCUCUUGAUUAUCGACUGGACCCCCAGCUUCAGAUGCACUGCUCUGAAGAGAUUUCCAGCUUGUGUGCUGAAGAAGCAGCAGCUCAGGAGCAGACUGGGCAGGUGGAAGAAUGCCUGAAAGUGAACCUGCUGAAAAUAAAAACCGAAAUGUGCAAGAAGGAAGUGCUCAACAUGCUGAAGGAGAGCAAAGCAGAUAUCUUUGUGGACCCAGUGCUGCACACAGCCUGUGCCCUGGACAUUAAACACCACUGUGCUGCUAUUCCUCCAGGGAGAGGACGCCAAAUGUCAUGCCUAAUGGAAGCUUUGGAGGACAAGCGUGUGAGGCUGCAGCCUGAAUGCAAGAAACGCCUUAAUGAUCGUAUUGAAAUGUGGAGCUAUGCUGCAAAGGUUGCCCCAGCAGAAGGCUUCUCUGACCUUGCCAUGCAAGUUAUGACCUCUCCGUCCAAGAAUUACAUAUUGUCUGUGAUCACAGUUGGCAUCUGUGUACUCUUCCUGAUCGGCCUGAUGUGUGGACGCAUCACCAAGCGGGUGACAAGAGAGCUCAAGGACAGGUAGAGCCUGGAUUGCCUGCUGGAGAAAUGCCUGCCCAGUGCCCGGUUUUGUACAGCCCUCCUCUGUAUAGUCUACCCACCCCCUCUUGCGAGAGAGGAGAGUAAAAAGAAAAAAAAAAAAUUAGAACAGCAGCAGGUGUUGGCUCAGUUUUCCCAUCCUGGAUCUCAUCCACAGCAUCUUCAUCCUAUGAAAGUUUAUGUGCAACAUUGGCAGCCCAGCCAGCAGCUUUUGUUACCCCUUUGUUAGCAGACUCUCGUUUACCUGCCUGUAGACAAGUCUCUGUUGUACUGUUGGAACUGCCUUCACUCUCCAAAUCAGACUGAAACGACCUGCAGCUCAAGCAGUUUUUAAGUAAAUUUUUAAAGGAAGACAUAUAUCUGCAUACCAACAAUAUGAUUUAGGUAACGGUUCGUACUGAAAUACAGUCCUCCUCUGUGGCUGGGUGAAAUGGAGGCAGGAAGGUAAAGGGUAAAUUGCAUCUCGCACCACAGUUGGCCUUGUUUUGGACAUCUUGCUCAUCUUGUGUAAAGCAUCUUCAGAGCAUAGUCUGGGACAACCUAUGGACACCGGCACCGGUGUCCUCUCCUAGCGAAUAUCCUGCUUUUGUUACUGUGGAUUCUUUUGGCUGAAAAGAUGUCCUCCCUUUCUUCCUCUGCUGCUCAAGAUAGAAUAAAGUACCGACCAGGAUUAAGUACUCA